UCCCUCUCAUGCAAUGUGUCUCACUGGACUACCGAAUGACACACUCUUUUUGAUCGCGUCGUAUCUGCCAUGUCAACAGGAUGUCUAUGCACUGGUACGGACGAACCGCCAUCUACGUCAUACGCUAUACGACUUUCUCUAUGAAUACAACAGUCGCUACUACCACGGGUCUGCAUUAGCGUUCGCCACGGAGCAGGGAAACGUUGGACGUAUUGAAAAACUUUUAAAGGGGCUCAGUGCUGCGCGAACGAAGUUGCGAACUCCACCAGGACCACGCUGGAGAAGUGAAGCUCCUGCCGAGGAACUAUGGGAAGAGGAUUCGGACGAGGUUGAAUGGAACUCAAAUGACGAAGACGAGCACCCAUUGACCCGCGACGUUUCAGCUCAUCCAUUAAGGACUUCUGGGUAUAGUGUCGCAGAUAUUGUCCAAAUCCAAAAGGCUUUACUUGCUGCUAUUGAAAUCGAUCACCAGGAAAUCAUAACGAUUCUAUUAGAUUGGGGUGCUCAGGUGAACUUUUAUCGUGGGAACCUGCGUGAUGACAACCCUGGGCGAACCCGACGUCGACACUCUCGCGCGAAGGACCCUCCACCAGUCUUUCUAGCAGUCAGGUGUGGGCAUGCGGAUCUGGUCAAAUACUUGCUUGAGAAAGGGGCUGAUCCAGACCGCUACCGCCCCUCUCCCUUGUAUCGGGCGGUUGAGGAUAGUCGAUGUGAUAUUAUCGCAAUAUUACUGAAACAUGGGGGCCCCGGAUCUUAUGCAAGUGUUCUAAAGCUAGUGGUACAGCGCCGCAACACAACCAUGCUUCAAUUCUUGUUCGAUAAUGGGGUUGAUGGCACAGUAUAUGGAUACCGGGCAUUACGUGUCGCUAUUCAAAGACACGAUCAAGAAAUGGUUGAAUUCUUACGAUCAAACGGCGUGGAUCUGGACCAAAAAUUUGAGGAGUCCGAGGGAUCUGAUGAUGAAUGGGAUCGAGAAGACGGUGAUGGCAUGGAUGGAACUAUCGCCCAUCGCCACUCGAUCAUCUCCUGUAGGAUAGAAGAGGAAGUACCCGAAGAGAUCCGAGAAUAUUUUGCAUCUAUCCUGAUGACAUACCCCCUUUAGCCAUGAAAACACAAGGAAAGUUUCACCGCGAAUGUACUACUACGGAUGUGUAUCUUAAUUUCCGAUGCUCUGGUGGCGUGACACAAUGUAGUAUUGAUUAGCAAUUCAUUCC